ACCGUACUGCACCGCACCGCACCGCACCGCUGCGGGCUCUCUCCCCGCACGCACGCACACACAUCCAGCCCCACGCGCGCCCGGGUGCGCGCGGGCCAUGUCCGCCUUCUGCCUGGGCUUGGCCGGCCCCGCUUCAGCACCCGCCGAGCCGGACAGCGCCUGCUGCAUGGAGCUGCCCGGCGCGGCCGGCGACGCAGCCCGGAGCCCCGCCGCCUGCACCGCCGCCGCCACCACCGCCACCACCGCCGCCCUCGUCUCCUUCCCCGGGGGUCCCGGGGAUCUGGAACUGGCGCUAGAGGAGGAGCUGGCGCUGCUCGCGGCCGGGGAGAAUCCUCAGGCCGAGCCCGAGCCUCCGGCCGAGGAAGGGACCGCACCGCAGCCACCUUGCCCCCAGGACCCCGAGCUGCUCUCGGUGAUCCGGCAGAAGGAGAAGGAUCUGGUGUUGGCGGCCCGGCUGGGCAAGGCACUGCUCGAGAGGAACCAGGACAUGAGCCGGCAGUACGAGCAGAUGCACAAGGAGCUGACGGACAAGCUCGAGCACUUAGAACAAGAGAAGCAUGAACUGAGAAGACGAUUUGAGAACCGGGAAGGAGAAUGGGAAGGGCGAGUGUCUGAACUGGAGAGUGACGUGAAACAGCUGCAGGAUGAGUUGGAGAGGCAGCAGGUUCAUCUGCGGGAAGCAGAUCGAGAGAAAACCCGGGCCGUCCAGGAACUGUCGGAACAGAACCAAAGACUGUUGGAUCAGCUCAGCAGGGCGUCAGAAGUUGAGAGACAGCUCUCCAUGCAGGUCCACGCUCUCAGAGAAGACUUCCGGGAGAAAAACUCGUCCACUAACCAGCACAUCAUCCGGCUCGAGAGCCUGCAGGCCGAGAUCAAGAUGCUGUCCGAUCGGAAACGGGAGCUGGAGCAUCGUCUCAGCACCACCCUAGAGGAAAAUGACCUCCUGCAAGGAACCGUGGAGGAACUGCAGGACCGGGUGCUGAUCCUGGAGCGGCAAGGCCAUGACAAAGACCUCCAGCUGCACCAGAGCCAGCUGGAGCUCCAGGAGGUGCGGCUCUCCUACCGGCAGCUGCAGGUGAAGGUGGAAGAGCUCAACGAGGAGCGGAGCCUGCAGAGCUCUGCCGCCACCAGCACAUCGCUGCUGUCGGAGAUCGAGCAGAGCAUGGAGGCCGAGGAGCUGGAGCAGGAGCGAGAGCAGCUGAGACUGCAGCUCUGGGAAGCCUACUGCCAGGUCCGCUAUCUCUGCUCCCACCUUCGGGGAAACGACAGCGCCGACUCGGCCGUGUCCACAGACUCCUCGAUGGAUGAGUCUUCAGAAACCUCAUCCGCCAAAGAUGUGCCAGCCGGCAGCUUGCGCACUGCCCUCAACGAGCUCAAGAGACUCAUCCAGAGCAUCGUGGAUGGCCUAGAGCCCACGAGUUCCCAGAGAAUUGAUGAUGACUCCUUAGAAGAACAGAUAAGGCAGACCAGUGAGGACUCACGAGCCCUAAGGGAACUCAUGGAGGGAGAGAGGGGUAAACUGAGGCAAAGCCUAGAAGAGCUGGAGCAACUCCACAGCCAGGUGACACUGCUGAGCGUGGAGAUGAGCGCCCUGAAGGAGGAGAGGGACCGGCUCCGAGAGACGUCGCAGGACAAGGAGCCCAAGGAGCAGCUCCAGAAGGCCAUCAGGGACCGGGAUGAGGCCAUUGCCAAGAAGAACGCUGUGGAGCUGGAACUGGCCAAGUGCAAGAUGGACAUGAUGUCUCUCAACAGCCAGCUGUUGGAUGCCAUUCAGCAAAAACUGAACCUGUCUCAGCAGCUGGAGGCCUGGCAGGAUGACAUGCACAGGGUCAUUGACCGGCAGCUGAUGGACACGCACCGGAGGGAGCAGCGCCGGCCUGCCGACACCUUCUCCAGGGGCCCCAGUGCGGGGCGGGGGGAUGAGCCUGGCCCCGCAGAAGGCAAGCGGCUCUUCUCGUUCUUCAGGAAAAUCUGAGUUGAGAAUCGGGCUGCCCUCUCUGCUCCCCCAGGACCAGUAGACUGGCCGUGGCUGAGCUGGUGGCACAGCCAGGGGCCCCCUCGGGGUCCUGGGGCUCAGUGAGGUCCCUGGCCACCCCCCCCGGGCCGGGUCAGCCCCUGGGGUGGGGGACAGGGAGCUGCACUCUGUCGGGGAUGGAGGAGAGCUAGGGACCGUCAUGGCCUCUGAAGGUCGCUUUUAGAUGGCGACAGAUGGCGAGAGCCCUGUCCUCACACCCCCGGCCAGGCCCACACUUGGGCUGCCCAGGAUCCUGUUACUGAGUAACAGGGCUCAGACUGCCUCCCAGGUCAGCCCCUGAGGGACUGAGCCCACCCCGCAGGAGCUAGCACAGGGAGGCUGCACCUCCCUUCUUGCCCCAGCCCCUGGCCCAGCAGUCCAGGGCAGGUAGAGGGCUGCUCCCCCAUGUGCAUGCACCCCUGCAGGCAGGAGGCGAAGCCCAAGGCCGUGGGGCCUACAAGCAGGGCACCCAGGCUUGGCCGAGGC